GAGAGAGAGAGAGAGAGAGAGAGAGAGAGAGAGUAAUGCACCAUGCACCCACCCGCGGAUUGAUCUCACCAUUACGCACGAAGGAACACUUGGAAGAGGAGAGCGCGUUGAAUUGGGAAAAUAAAAACCUCGUUCUUCUCACCCACGCACAGGAGGAUGGAAAAACGUUUUCAUUAAUAUUUAGCCAAGUCUACAAACUUGAUCUUGAGUGCAGACCAGAGUCCAGCUGCCAUUCAUCUUCACAGGAAUGGUGGAUCACUUGUCACUUGGUGAGGAGACCUUCCUGUACUGUACUGGCUUAUCGGCGCGUGACCACAGCAGCCUCUGUUGCGAUGCCAGCGAGGAACUGUCCCGGGGUGUCAUGGUGACCGACGCGUGCAUAUACAACCCCUACCAAGGGGUGUCCUCUUCACCGGGGCUGUCCGAGGAUGACCUUAGCAACUCCUCAAGCUCUCGAUCUUCGCUCUGCUCCAGCCCGGAGUCUUCGUCGCCCAAAUCCCACGCUCAUGUGAGCUCCGGCUAUGAAAGCAGGAGCUCUUCUGAAGGUGAGAGUCAAGACAGUCUGCUGGACCUCCUCCUCUCACAGGAAAUGACCAAUUCAGUAAGCUCCAACAUCAGCAACAGCAGCUUGCUCUCCUCACCACCGUCAUCAUCUUCCACUGCCCCAUUUUUACCCAUGGGCCUCGCUUGGGAGUCAAAGAGGGACCAGCGGCUGGGUCUCCUCCAGCACCAAGCCAAAGAGGACAAUUGUGAGUUCCCCAUUUUCCUGGAUGAGCUGCAGGAUCCUGCUGCGCUCCUCUUCCAGCCCACUCUGGAAGAGAUUGAGGAAUUCUUGGAAGAGAACAUGGUGAUAGCGAUGGAGAAGGAAGACGAGGGGAGCGACGAUGCAAUGUCGCCGACGCCAGAGUUCUCGGAGGCCGAAAGGGCAAAGACAACAGCCAGAGAGGUCUUGCAGAACUCAGAUCAGACUGUACCCGUGGCUCGUUCUCCGCUGUCCUCCCACAGAGAGACCAAACAGACACUACAUGCACCUAGCAUGGACCAUUCAUCAACAGUCGAUGUGAGCUGUAUUAGUUCGAGUUUCACCUGCAAUGAAGUCGAUGGACUCAAACAGGAAGACUGUGGAUCUCCAUCAGCCUCAGGGGAAAACACCAGUGCUGCUUCCGGUGUGCCCGUCAUCUUACAAAUCCAGCCCAUCCAGAUCAAACAAGAGCCUCAGCCUUGCACUGUCUCAGACGCUCAAAUGCAAGAAGCUAACGUGCAGAAGUCUCAACCAGCGCAAGGUCCAUCGGAUAUCAAGAUCGCCCAGCUCCUGGUCAACAUCCAGGGCCAAACCUUCGCCUUGGUGCCUCAGCUGCUUUCCCCAGCGAACAUUGCACUUGUGAAUAAAAAUUCCCCCAAAUUUGUACGGAUCGCACCAGUGCCCAUUGCUGCCAAACCCACUGGGCUUGGGGAAGGCGGCUUAGGUGGUGGAUCAACCACAGGGAUCCUCGCUGGAGGUCAGAGAUACCAGAAGAGUGCAGUGGCAGACCUUAUCAAAAUGCACAAGUGCUCUUUUCCGGGCUGUAAUAAGAUGUACACCAAAAGCAGCCACCUUAAAGCUCAUCUGAGGAGGCACACUGGAGAAAAACCUUUCGCCUGCACAUGGCCUGGUUGUGGAUGGAGGUUCUCCCGAUCCGAUGAGCUGUCCAGACACCGGCGGUCCCACUCCGGAGUCAAACCAUACCAGUGCAUCGUCUGUGAGAAGAAGUUUGCCCGCAGCGAUCAUCUGUCAAAACACCUCAAAGUCCACCGCUUUCCACGAAGCAACAGGACAGGGCGCUCUGCAAACUGACCCCCUUGACCCCGCUCUGAAAGACUGACACGAAAAGCGAGCGGCAGGCGCAUUUGACGAAGGACGGAGGAGGACAUUGUGGGGGUAAAGGAGUUUGCGCAGGACUGGAAUGCGCAUGUGACAUACGUACUGUGAUCAUUUAAUGGGUCGCAAUGAAAUGACUGUAUAAAGAAAACAAAAAUGUUACUUGACACACAGUUCUCACAGAUGGAAUAAGCUUCUUGUACAGGACGACUUUAUUUUGUCUCACUGAGUUUUGGAACUAAUCAAAAUUGAAUCUCAUUCUGAUAUUCAGAGUAUUUUUAUGUCUUUUUUUGUCCAAAGAGCCUUAUACAGAAGUUGCAUGGUACUAAAAAAAGAAAUGCCUUUCAGAGCCGAAUGUUGCCAUACAGGAUCAAGAUACACAUUGGUUAUCAUAUUAUUUUGAUAUGCUGGACAUUUUAUUGAUGUGAAUAAUUGUGGCCUUGGUUCAAUUGGUCCCCUGCCAUGCAAAGGGACUAUUCCAUAUUUGGUGUAUCCAAGCUUUGACCAGUGCUUCACAACUGAGCAUCUAAUUUUCAAGUUAAAACAAGUACUACAAUAUUGGUUUUGAAUAAUUUUUGUUCAAGACAGGCAAUACUACGACAAAGGCAUGCCUUGGAACCAAUUGUCUACAAAGUGCAAUUGCUUGUCUAUGUCAAAGCUACAACCCUACAGACAUGUUAAGACUUUUGUCAUCUUUAAAGUCCCCAUUAAGUGAAAGUAAAUGUCUUCUAAUUGACACUCAACAGAGAACAGCGUUGUGAACAACAUCCAUCUAUUUUCGGGGGUCGCGGGCGCGCUGGCGCCUAUCUCAGCAGUCAUCGUGCAUGGAAAUUAUUUUUUAAAAAAUGGCCAAAUGUAUCAAAGGAGGUUUCGAAAAAAAUGUGUUUAAUCAAAUCCUUGUUCUCUUUUGUUGAACCGUGUGAACCACUGAAUUCGUAUUAUGUCCACAGUUGAGCACUAUAUAGUUCUCAGUCUUUGCACUUUUCCAUCAAUUAUCCUCAGACAUGCAUCAUUUUGACACUCUACCAGACACAAAUGUCAAAGCUGGAACCCUAACAAUGUUUUUAAUAUUAUUUUACAGACAACGUUGCCAGUUGCUGAAAUGUGUUUGUUUUUAUUAAUAUAGCAGUCAUAACUUCCUCCUCGUGUUGUCUUCAGACUUUUCAUAUUGAUUCUGAAUAAUAUCUUUACUCAAAGGUAUUGUGGACAUGCUUUUGUUUUUGGGAGCAUAUCAAACCCUCCACCCUCUCACCUUGAAACUGGAAACCUAUUAAUUGUGAACUGUCUUCUUAGCAGUGUACUAGUUUGUCAUAGCUUUCAACUACCGUAUUUUCCGGACUAUAAGGCGCACCGGACUAUAAGGCGCACCUUCAAUGAAUGGCCCAUUUUAAAACUUUGUCCUUAUAUAAGGCGCACCGGACUAUAAGGCGCACCAUUAAUGCAUCAUGUCAGAUUUUUAAUCCAAAUCAAAUCCUUCUCCAGUUUAUCUUUUUUAUUUCAACUUCAGACGCAACAAAUUACUUUAUAAUCACAAAAUAAUGAUCCAUAGUCUUUUUGAUUCAUGAUUCAUAGUCUUCAGUGGGCCACUUAUGAUUGAUAUCAUGACACAAUGCUUCGGGCCAGUUUAAAUUUAGGAAUUUGGUCCAUAUAUAAGGCGCAAUGGACUAUAAAGCGCAGUGUCAGCUUUUGACAAAGUUUUAGGUUUUUAGGUGCGCCUUAUAGCCCGGAAAAUACGGUAGUUGUAUCAACGCUGCUGCAGUCCAGCUCUUUGCUAAUCAUUGAAGGUUUGGCGGAGUAGACGAUGCGUCAACAUUCCUUUGAACUUUGACUAAGUUUCUUUGUUGAAUAGCAAGAAAAAAAAAAAAAAGAACAUUGUAGACGAAUAAUGCUUACCGCCAUGACACUGUGUAAUUUGUACCGGCAUGCAAGACAUUUUUGGUUGUCUGCCCUCCCCUAAAUAUUUUAAGAAUUGCUGUGUUAUUGUCUUGUGGUCGAUGUUGACUCAGAUCCCAGCAAUUCCUUGUUUGUCUCAUCUGGUCUCAUUGUCUGUUAUCUGACUCGUUGGCAGAUUUAUGGCAAGAGAAAUCAAAAGUAGGUGCUGGUUUAUCAUUUGAUGUUUCAGGAAACACAUUUUAAUUCUGUUUGUUAAAAGUGAGCCAUUUGUUAAAACUUUAUAUCCCUUUAAUUCAUGCUGUCAGUGAUGUGGAAGAAGUAGUCACACAACUUGCCAUUGGGCACAUUCUUCAGCGUGCCAAACAUCUUCUGUGACGGAAUCAAAUAUCUAUAUUAUUACUUCUACUUAAAAACAGUUUAAUUUCAUGACAGAUUUAAUAUUUUAUAUUUCAAAUGAAAUAAAUGAUUUAUAAUA